AUGGAGCAAUCUAGGCUCACCGGUGGUCCUGGGGGAACAAAGACGGUCAAUGGAUGGGAGGUAGGAGUGACGCUGUGGUCUGCAGCUAAGGGGGUGCGGGACGGGAUGGGUGAACCCUGCUCUCCUAAAAGGCGUUCAUGGAGGACCCUCGCUCAUGCAGCCGCCCAACUCAACGUAUUAUUCUAUAUGUCCGCCAUGGUCAAUCGCGGAUGUUCCGAGGCCCAAAAGGCGACGGCUCCCAGUCCGGAAAAUGCGACCGCUGCAAAAGGCAACUUUGGUAGGAGGUCAAUAAGGCGGCUGCUGCAGGGACCUGUUGACGCAAAAUAG